AUGCCCAACCCUGCCCGCUUCGUCCGCGCCUUUUCCACAGCUGCGCCAUGCAGGCACUCGAUGCCCAUCAUGAACAGAUACAGCAGGCUUGUCACUCAGCCCAAGGAUCAGGGCGCCAGUCAGGCCAUGCUCUAUGCAACAGACGGCAUCGCGUCCGACGAAGACUUUAACAAAGCCAUGGUCGGCGUAGCCAGUGUCUGGUACGAAGGAAACCCAUGCAACAAACACCUUUUGGGUCUGGGCCAAGAGAUUAAAGCUUCCCUUGCCCAGUCCAACUUGAUUGGAUACCAAUUUGGCACCGUCGGUGUCAGCGAUGGCAUUAGCAUGGGCACCAAGGGAAUGUCCUACUCCCUCCAGUCCCGAGACCUCAUCGCAGAUCAGGUAGAAACAGCCGCAGGUGGCCAUCAUCUAGACGGCAUGGUCGUAGUUCCUGGCUGCGACAAGAAUAUGCCAGGUGUCCUCAUUGCCCUGGGCCGACUCAACCGUCCCGGUCUGAUGGUCUAUGGUGGUACUAUUCGCGCAGGCUCGUGCGAAGGUGCGCCACAGCUCGACAUCGUGUCUGCUUUCCAAUCAUACGGCAAGUAUCUCCAGGACGGCAAGACUCCUGCAGCCGAAACUGAGCGCUACAAUACUGUCCGACACGCCUGUCCCGGGCCUGGCGCGUGUGGAGGUAUGUACACUGCCAAUACGAUGGCCUCUGCAAUCGAGGCUUUGGGCAUGACUCUACCGGGGUCCUCCUCUUUCCCUGCUGAAUCAAAGGAGAAGCACGAUGAAUGUGCCUCUGUGGGACCCGUCAUGUAUAACCUCAUCGCCAAAAACAUUCUUCCAAGGCAGAUCAUGACCCGUUCCGCAUUCGAGAACGCAAUGGUUUUGACUAUGGUCCUCGGAGGUUCUACUAACGCGGUUCUCCAUCUUAUCGCAAUGGCUCACUCGGUCGGUAUUAAACUGAGCAUCGACGACUUCCAGAACGUGUCAGACCGUGUUCCCUUCCUAGCGGACAUCAAGCCUAGCGGCAAGUAUGUCAUGGAGGAUGUGUACAAACUCGGUGGUAUUCCAAAGAUCCUUGCGUUCCUGUUAAAGAACAAGAUGAUUGACGGCAACAACAUGACUGUGACUGGAAAGACUCUGGGUGAGAACUUGGAAGAGUGGACUUACAAACACGGAGAACUCGAUAGCACCCAAGACGUCAUUCGACCUCUGGACAACCCCAUGAAGGCUACCGGACACAUCAGGAUCUUGAAAGGCAACCUUGCACCAGGUGGCGCAGUGGCCAAGAUCACGGGCAAGGAAGGAUUGGGCUUUGUUGGCAAAGCCCGCACAUUUGACACGGAAGAUGAUUUUGUCAAAGCCGUCGAGUCCGGCUCAAUCAAAAAAGGAGAAAAGACUGUGGUCAUUCUCAGGUAUCUGGGCCCCCAGGGUGGACCAGGUAUGCCUGAGAUGCUCAAGCCCACGAGUCUGAUAAUGGGCGCCGGUCUCGGUCUCGACGUUGCAUGUCUCACGGAUGGACGAUUCUCUGGAGGAUCGCACGGGUUCUGUAUCGGCCAUGUUGUACCGGAGGCGCAGGUAGGAGGGCCUAUCGCGCUCGUGCAGGACGGGGAUAUCAUCGCUGUCGACGCCGUCAAAAACACGCUCGAACUCCGCGUCUCGGAAGAAGAGCUGGCGAGGCGCAGGAAGGAGUGGAAGGCGCCUCCGCUCAAAGUCAGCCAGGGCACCCUGUACAAAUACACCAAGGUGGUUACCGACGCCAGCCACGGGUGUGUGACAGAUGCGUAA